AUGUGUCUCAGAACUUUCGUGGAGAAUGAAUUGAAAUACAACUUCAAGGAAAAUCGAUUACUCGAGGAGGCACUUGUAACAAGCGGUGUUGUUUCUGGAAAAAGUUCGAUUGUCGAGCGACAGGGCAACAGAAGGCUUGCACUAAUUGGAGAUGCAUUGAUACGUCUUGAGCUUGUUCACAAUCGAUAUCUAGAGGGAGCAACUCUCGAAACUUCUCAAAGAUGUGUGUCCAAGAACGCAUCAAAUCGUAAUCUCGGGACGAUCGGUCAGCACAACGGUUUGGUGGAUCAAAUGGUUCUCCCAGCUAGCCAGCACGAACCAGCUGUAUACACCGUUGCAACAACAGUCGAAGCUCUGAUCGGAGCUAUCUGGUUAGAUUCGGAGCAGGAUUUUGACGUGGCUGGUAGAGCUAUUCGAGCAUUGCAUAUCGAACCAACACAGUAA